UCUUAAGGCUCCUCAGAUCUAAAACGCAACCUUUCAGACCAAAACCUCAUCCCCAAAGAGAGAAGGCAGUGAGAUAGAAAACGAGUCUCUUCUCUUCCUUUAUAAAUCCCAUUUUACAAAUUACAAAAUCUCCCUUUCCCUCUCUAAUUCUCUCUUCUUCUUUGUAUAUAUAUAUAUAAAGCCUUCUCCUUUUCAAAUCAUUUGAGGGUUACGGAACCCUAGAUUCGAGACUUGAGAUCUGCAAACUAACGAAAGGGAUGGCUGAACAAGGAAUGGAGGGGAGUCAACCAGUUGACCUUAUGAAGCAUCCUUCAGGGAUUAUUCCAACUCUUCAAAACAUUGUCUCGACAGUGAACUUGGACUGCAAGCUUGAUCUCAAAUCCAUAGCUUUGCAGGCUCGCAACGCUGAAUAUAACCCCAAGCGUUUUGCUGCAGUAAUCAUGAGGAUAAGAGAGCCAAAGACUACAGCGUUGAUCUUUGCUUCUGGGAAAAUGGUGUGUACCGGAGCUAAGAGUGAACAUUUUUCAAAGCUGGCUGCGAGAAAGUACGCUCGGAUUGUUCAAAAGCUUGGCUUUCCUGCAAAGUUCAAGGAUUUCAAGAUUCAGAACAUUGUAGGGUCUUGUGAUGUCAAAUUCCCCAUUAGGCUUGAAGGUCUUGCAUACUCUCACAGUGCUUUCUCAAGUUACGAGCCUGAGCUGUUCCCAGGACUGAUAUAUAGGAUGAAACAACCAAAGAUUGUGCUACUGAUUUUCGUGUCAGGGAAGAUUGUUAUAACUGGAGCCAAGAUGAGAGAAGAGACUUACACGGCCUUUGAGAAUAUCUACCCAGUUCUUACAGAGUUUAGGAAAAUCCAGCAAUGAUAGUAUAGCCUAUACAUCAAAAAUCAAAGAAAACAUGUUUGGAUUGCCAUGAACUAGAGAUCCCAGUGGUGGCAAGCGCUUGGUGAGGUUAAUUUCCUUCAACAAAGGACUUGGUUUGAUUCAGAUUGAAAACCAGAAUUUGUAUAUACAGAAUGGAGAUUCCAAUUCUGUUUUUUUGGUUCUGAGUUUCUUCCAAGUAUCAUGUUUCCUGUAAUGUUUGUUUUAUUAGUGAACCGUACCCAAAUUGUUAAAGAGUAACUUAGAACUUCUCUGCUAACCCUGUGUAAUAAGACACCAAGACUCUGUAAUAAACUCCUUUAAGCAGAUUUGCAGUUUUA